ACACACAUCACUUGGAGAAGGGUGGUGAAUCAGUAACACAGACAGAAAUUGUGUUGAUUGUUGGGGUUGAGGCCAUGCAGUUUAAAAUGCUGUGAAUAUGCCACAUCUACAGGCACUCAUGGCUGACAGAGGAGCUACACCAAUGCUCACCGUAGCUCUCAUAUUGGUGAUACUUACCUUUGCACCAUGCUCUGGGGCAAGUGUUAAAAUUGGUGUCCCUGAAAACUAUGACGGUAUUUUCCCAUGGUAUCUAGCCAAGCUUCAUAGCCUGCCAGUUAAUUACAGUGACCUGGUGGUAACAGGAGAUGAUGAGGGGAUAUUUGGCAUCGACGCUCAGUUUCUGUACGCUCUCAAACCUCUGGACAGAGAGAAACAACCGUCCUACUCUUUGCAGGUGUCCUUCAGAACAUCAGUGCAACGACAGAGCUUCACGGUCGAAGUGUGUGUCAUCGACAAGAACGACAAUGUGCCCACUUUCAUAGAGGAGAGCAUGAGAGGCAGCGUGCAGCUCGGGCUUCUCAAAGGGAUCCCUUUCAUGCAGGUGGAAGCGCUGGAUCGUGAUGACCGCAACACUGCCCAUGCUGAGCUGCGGUUCAGCCUCAUGGAACAGACACCCAGGAUUCCCUCCAGCCAAAUGUUCUUCAUCGACUCCAUCACCGGAGAGGUUUCCCUCACUGAGGAAGGAGCCUCUACUCUGGACCCAGAGAUGUGCGGCCGUUAUAAACUCUCAGUGAUGGUGAAGGACAUGGCCGGGAAGGCGAACGCUUUCUUCACCACUGGAAUCGUAACUGUAGAGGUGACUGGAAACACCUGGGCAUCGCCUGACCCUGUGAGACUUCAGGAAAACCUCCCGGGCCCUUACCCCAUACCCAUCUCACAGGUCAAAUGGAGUGGAAGUCAAGCAGAGUACAGUCUGGAGGGGGAGUUUCCAGAGAUGCUCUUCACCAUCAGCAGAGAAGGAGUCAUUUAUCUCAACGCCCCUCUGGACAGAGAGACACAAGACCAGUUCCAGAUCAGCAUUGUGGUUGAGCGUCCAGAUGGCAGAGAGAUUGCCAAGCCUGUGGAGUUGAGGGUGAUGGUGGGCGACGCCAAUGAUAACAGACCCACCUUUCCACAGGCACAGUACCACACUGUGGUCAAAGAACUAGCUGCUCGAGGUACCGAAAUCCUGACAGUGCAGGCAGCCGAUAAUGAUGAUCCCAAGACGGACAACGUGCGGAUCUUCUACCGGUUGGUCGGACAAAUUCCAGAGAGUCCUCGCGCCCUCUUUAGAGUGGACCGUGACUCAGGGGUCAUCUCCGUCCAAGCAGACAGUAUGGAGGGCACAGCUCCUCAGUACACCCUCACCAUCACUGCUGAGGAUGCCAAAGGUCUGAACAGUUCCUGCACUGUGGUCGUGACGGUGCACGAUGAAAACAACAACCCACCAGUCUUCUCCCAACAUGAGUAUGGGCCCUUUCACAUCCCAGAGAACGCUCCAGUUGGCACCACAGUAACAGCUGUGCUGGCAGGAGAUGCAGAUGUUCGAGGAGGAGACAGCUGGCAGGUGGACUACCGUUUAGAGUCUGGCAACGAGGAAGAGGUCUUUACCUUAGUGACAGACAAGCAGACCAAUGAGGUCUCGCUCAUCCUCUCAAAGGUCUUGGACUUCGAACGUGAGAGUGAGUACAUUCUCGUGCUCAGUGCUCAAAACCCAGUGGCUCUGGUCCGUGGCCGAUACGGACCUGCAUCCACAGCAACAGUCUCCAUCUACGUUGACGAUGUGAAUGAAGGUCCGAUCCUGUCUCAGAGCCAUUACGAGGUGACUGUCAGAGAGGGCGAGGAACCGGGGCGGGUUAUCGCCACCAUCCGAGGUUAUGACCCUGAUUCUCAUCCAAUAAGAUAUUCUCUUCAAGGAGAUACCAAGAAAUACUUUUCAAUAGGAAAGUAUUCUGGUGAACUAAAGACAGUGCAGGCCUUGGACAGAGAGGAGAACAGCACAUACACCAUGGAAGUUAUUGCAGUAGAUGGACGAAACUCUUCUUUAUCUGCGUCCACCCUGGUGACUGUCCAAAUCCUGGACGUGAAUGACAACAGUCCAGUGCUCGUUGGAGAUUAUUCCUGGAAGUACCUGUGUACGCCUCGCUGGGAGGACCAAGCUCUGGUGUUGGCCUCACGAGACAGUGAUGGGCCACAGCAUGGAGGACGACUCAACUUCUCCCUGCGCAGCGAUGCCACAGUCCGACGUAACUGGAAGCUAACACCGAUCAAUGAUACUCACACCAACCUGUCCUUAAACAUCCAAUACCUGGCCCCCGAGGUCUACACUGUGCCCUUCACCAUCUCCGACAGCAGCUCUCCUCCCAGGAGCACCUUCAUAAACUUGCCAGUGACAGUGUGUCCCUGCAACGUCAGAGGGAACUGCAAAAUGGCUGCCAAGCAGCUGCAGGGCAUGCCAACGAUUCAGUCUGCAGUGGGUAUUCUGCUUGGCACCUUUGCAUUCAUAGGAACUAUCCUCAUUGUUGUAUUCGUGAGACUGUCCUACCAGAACCCCAAACGGCCGAGCAAAACUAACCAGGAGAGAGUUCCCCUGAAGAUUUCAAUCUAACUUGAGAUGAGAUCGUCUGUCCUGGUUACCGCUGAUGUUUCUCGCAGGGCAUGGAAUUCGUUUAGGUGACUGUGAAUGUCUGAAAAUGAAUGUAUAUUUCAGUUAUUAGAUCAAAGUUGUACACUGACCUCAGAGCACAACUACAAGAUAUUUUAGAUUAGUCAAGAUGUCUAAUGUUAAGUGCUUAAGCCUGUGCCUGGGACAUGAAGUUGACUUGUGGUUUAAGUUUGUCAUUUUUUAUUGCUGUUGAUCCGUUUAUUUGUUUCAAAGUGCUGCCUCUUUUUUUACGACACACUAUUAGGACCACAGUUAGUACGAAAAAGAAAACAUUUUGAGAUCAAAGUUAUAAUUUAAAGAGAAGAAGUCCCAACAUUUUAUAAUAAAGUUUCAAGCUGACUUCCUUAUUGUAAACUAUUGACUUUCUUAUCUCAAAGUAUUGUAACUUUAUUCUCAAAAUCUUUUUUUUUUCUAACCUUGGCCCCCAAUAGUUGUUGUAAUUUACACUGCAUGUACCCCUGUUAUUAUUCUAUGCUAAUCACAUCUAAAUUGUUACAAAAAGUUUGCUGUAAAACCAUAAAUCAGAAGAAACAUGCUUGUAAAUGCUAACAUUUGAUUGAAUCUAAUGGAACACAUCAAAAUAAUUAAAAUGUGUUG